AUGUAGUCGAUGCUGCGUGAGGACAAGGAUAAAUCAAACUAGUGAUCAUGCUGGCUGUCAAGAGAGUUCUUUGCUAUAAAGAAUGGGCAUUAAGUCGAUAUACCUCACUAACAAGCAUGUUCUGUAAAAUGACAGCACGACACGAGACACAGCGCUCGUCCUGGUCUGUUAUGCUUAAAGAAAGAAGCAUUCAUAGUUCAACCCGUCUGUCUGGAGGUAGUAAAUUGAUGAAGAUGCUGGCCAAAAAGAAGAGAAAACAGUGGUAUGAAUCUCCUGUGCAGGCCACAGCGCUUCAGCCUGGCUUUCUGAAACCAUCAAAGCGAAAUAAAGAGGACAGUGUUCGUGUGAGGACUCUGAACAACAUCAUCUAUAAAGCAGUGACAGACUUACUGAGCUCCUAUGAGGUCAACUCCGAGAUCAGUGCCUACAAUAUACAGAUUUCCAAAGUUUCACUACCACCCGAUUUCUCUGCAUGUCGAAUAUACUGGAAGACAAGUCUGUCGGCAGAGCAAGACAGCCAUAUUCAGCAGGCUUUAGACAAAUGUGCUCCUCGCAUACGGCAUCUUCUCAUUUCUCACCAAAUCCUUGGUAGUGUUCCUCCUGUGAUUUUCAUCAGAGAUAAACAAUAUGCUGCUAUCACUGAGAUUGAAAACCUUCUCAAGAAAGCAGAUUUUGGUCCAGAUGAAAAUAAUUUACAUUUAUCCGUCAGCGAUAUCGGGGCCAAACUGCAGCCCAUAGAAUCUGGAGACAAGAAAAGACCCGUUUUGUUUGGUGUCGAUCACGAUGCUCUGCACAAACAGAUUGAAGCCUAUAAACGAGAGAAGGGGGCGAGAGACUCUCUCACACAGAGUCCUGCUGCAGGAGGACUAACACAAGCACAGCUGGAUACACUAGCAGAUAUUAGGAAGCAGAAACUCGUAGAGAAAAAGAAACAGAAAUCUAAAUGGAUGAAGGACGAUGACAUCACUCCUAAGGAUUUCCUCUUGUCCAGAAGCCUUCAAAAAGAGGAUAAAGAGGAGCAGGACAGUGACGAGGACAGCCGGGUGGAUAGCCAGCUCUCCGAGCUGAUGGAAGAGGAAGACAGGAGACACUGAAAUCAGAUCUUUUGGUCACUUGCAAUGUUAUGCUGUUUAGUGUGGUCUGUAAAAUAAAAAUAUUCAAGCUUUGGAAAAAAAGUAAACGUGUAUAUUUUGACAGGUGA